AUGAUCAUCACCCGUUUUCGCUCCGUCUGGGGCAUUGACUCUGGCGACAAUCUGAACAACUGGGCCAAUUGGUUCCCCGAUCUCAAGAAGCAGGGCUACACUGGCGUUGAAGUGGACAUUCAUGGACUACAAAACCCCGACCGUGAUUUCAAGCGCUUGAGGGAGAUCUGCGACCAGGUGGACUUGGAGAUUAGCGCGAUGGUGCAUUCAUCUUGGUUCCAGUACCUGGGUCCCCGCCCUGUUGGCCUUACAGCAGAAAAUCAUUUGCAAAAUUACCGCGAGCUCCUUCAAUUGAUCGAGCCAUUGAAACCUGUCAACAUUAACUUCCAAUCCGGGGAGGACGCCUGGGAUGUCGAAGAAUCAAUCAAGUUCUACCGCGGCACACUCAAAAUCGACCAGGCGCUUGGGGUCGCCGGCCGUGUCGUUCACGAGACUCAUAGGAACCGUUCUCUUUUUACACCGUAUGCCACCCGGAAAAUCCUGGAAGCCGUUCCUCAACUUCGCAUCACUGCAGAUUUCUCUCACUGGAUGGUUGGAUUAGAAAGGCUUUUGGAUAUCGGGGAAGGCGAUCGGGCUAUGAUGGAUGCUAUAAUUCCGCAUGUGCACCACAUUCACGCUAGAAUCGGAACAACGCAAGCCUCACAGUGUCCUGAGCCUCUCAAUCCAGUGUUCAAGGAAGAAAGGUUGUGUAUGGAGAGACUGUGGACAAGGGUUCUUCAAACACGGUUCGAACAGAGUGAUUCGGACACCGAAAUCAGGUUUGUGCCGGAAUAUGGUCCAUUCCCUUAUCAUCCUAUUGGAAGUAUCAAGACCCAUAGUCAGGUUGCAGAUGAAGAGGGUCAACGUUUGCAGACUUAUUUCACCGAAUUUGCGGCAAGUCUGAAGGCCUAG